AGUUGAGACUAAAACAUAGAGAUAUAGAGAAAGAGAGAAAGAGGUAUAGUGGUGAACAGGGCUUAGGAAGACAUGGCCAUGGAUUGCAACGGCUCUGAGAUUAAGAUGCCAGAGAUUAAGUUCACCAAGCUCUUCAUCAAUGGCCACUUCCUUGACUCAGUCUCAGGAAAAACAUUUGAAACAAGAGAUCCUCGCACCGGCAAUGUAAUAACAAGAGUAGCCGAAGGUGACAAAGCCGAUAUCGAUUUAGCUGUCAAUGCUGCUCGACAAGCCUUCGACAAAGGCCCAUGGCCUCGCAUGUCCGGCUAUCAAAGGGGGAGAAUCUUGAUGAAAUUGGCGGACUUGAUUGAUCAAAACAUAGAAGAGCUAGCAAGUAUUGAUAGUUUAGAUGGUGGCAAGUUGUUAAGUCAUGGAAAAAUUUUGGACAUUCCUGGAUGUGCAAAUUUGCUCCGGUACUACGCCGGAGCUGCUGACAAGAUCCAUGGUGACACACUGAAGAUGUCCGGUGAGUUUCAGGCAUAUACAUUGAAAGAACCAGUCGGUGUUGUCGGCCAUAUCAUUCCAUGGAACUACCCUUCAAACAUGUUUUUCUGCAAGGUUGCUCCGGCAUUGGCUGCUGGUUGUACCAUGGUUGUCAAACCGGCCGAGCAAACUCCGCUCUCCGCCCUCUACUAUUGCCAUUUAGCUAAAUUGGCAGGUAUUCCUGAUGGAGUGAUCAAUGUAGUCACUGGAUUUGGUCCUACAGCUGGUGCUGCUCUUGCUUCUCAUAUGGAUGUUGAUGCGGUGAGUUUCACUGGAUCAACAGAAGUAGGAAGACUAAUUAUGGAAGCUGCAGCAAAGAGCAACUUGAAGACUGUGUCACUUGAAUUGGGAGGAAAGUCUCCGGUCCUCAUUUUUGAUGAUGCCGAUGUCGAUAUGGCAGUUGCUCUGGCUCACACAUCCAUAUUUACCAACAAGGGCGAGAUUUGCGUGGCAGGGUCUCGUAUUUAUGUGCAAGAAGGGAUCUAUGAUGAGUUUGUAAAGAAAGCAGUGGAGAAGUGUAAAAACUGGGUGGUUGGUGAUCCUUUUAAUCCUCAAGUUCAUCAAGGGCCUCAAGUGGACAAGAUGCAGUUUGAAAGGGUUCUCAAAUACAUCGACAUUGGUAAAGAAGAGGGAGCAACAUUGCUCACUGGAGGAAAGCCAUGCGGAGAGAAAGGUUACUACAUUGAACCGACGAUAUUUACUGAUGUCAAGGAUGAUAUGAAGAUUGCACAGGAUGAAAUAUUUGGACCAGUGAUGUCUCUCAUAAAGUUCAAAACAAUUGAGGAAGCAAUUGAGAAAGCCAAUAGCACUAAGUAUGGACUGGCAGCGGGCAUUGUGACCAAGGAUCUCAACACAGCUAAUAGAGUAUCGAGAUCGAUACGUUCUGGUGUUAUAUGGAUAAACUGCUACUUUGCUUUCGACCGAGACUGUCCUUACGGAGGAUACAAGAUGAGCGGCUUCGGAAGAGAUUUGGGACUCAAUGCACUUGAUAAAUACCUUCAAGUUAAGUCAGUAGUCACUCCCAUCUUUGGUUCUCCCUGGCUUUAAUAUGAUAUUAAUUGGAACCAAACUCUGCUCUCAACUCUGAAUAAAUAAAUACUCCAUUAUGUACUACAGAACACUCUGUUCUUAAGCUUGUAUUUUUUUCAUGAUCAAUAAUUAUACCAAUUCAUGUUUUGGAAUACCAAAAAUCCAAGCUUGGAAUCAA